AUGCCGAAAUGCUGCUGCACAAGGUAUUUGGACUUGACCCUGCCGGAAUGCUUUGUGCCAGAGCUGGGAGAGCAGAAGCAGGGGAAGGUGCGCAGCAUCUACUUCUCCGGGCCAAAUGUGGUCAUGGUUACCAAUGACCGUGUGUCUGCCUUCGACUACAUCUUGCCGAACCUGAUUCCGUUCAAGGGUCAGGUCUUGAACAUGAUCAGCGAGUGGGCCUUCAGCCAAACGAAGGAUAUCAUCCCCAACGCGUUGAUCGAGAACGUUGAUGCCAGCGUGGUGGUCCAGAAGAAGAUGAAGAACCUGAACGUUGAGCUCAUCGUCAGAGGAUACCUUUGGGGAAGCAUGGCGGCGGCCUAUGAGAAGGGUGACAGAGUCUUCUGCGGACUGAAGCUGCCAGAAGGGCUGAUCCGCUUUCAGAAGCUGGAUGCUCCCAUCUUUACACCAACGACAAAGGCAGAAGUUGGCCACGAUGAGAACAUGACCAUGGAAGAUAUGGAGAAGCUCUUGGGAAAGGAGCUGGCUAAGAAGGCUAUGGAUGCUGCCAUGAAGCUUUUCCAGAGAGGUUCCGAGCUCAUGAAGAAGCGAGGUCUGAUUCUGCUGGAUACUAAGUAUGAGUUCGGCGUUGAUGAGAAGGGGGUGAUCCAUGUCAUUGACGAGGUCAACACACCAGACUCUUCCAGGAUGUGCACAAUCGAGGAGUACGAAUCCAAGUACCCAAAGAUUGCAGCAGAGAUGAAGAAUGGAGAGCACAAGAACGUCACAGAGCUAAUGAAGGCAAAGCCUGAGUUGAAGAUGAAGGAGUUCUCGAAGCAGUAUGUGCGAGAUGCCUUGCUGGAUUUGGGCUUUGAUCCUACCAAGGACAAGAGUGCUCCAAAGCUAAGUGAUGAGCAAGUGGUGGAAUGUGCAUUUCGCUACAUGAAGAUCUAUGAGACUGUGACCGGAAACAAGUUUGAAUUUCCGUCAAAGAUGGCGCCAGAAAAGAGGAUCAUUGCCAACCUGCAGAAGGCUGGUAUGAUUCAGGGCUGUAUGGCGAUCAUCGUCGGUGCAGACAAGUCACAGGCGGAAUCGAUCAAGAAGGAGCUGAGUAGCUUCAAGAUUCCUUCUCAGACCGUGACAUUCCCAACAGAUGCAGACGCUGCUGGGAAGCUUGUGGCGGAAUACAACAAGUCCACUGAGCCCUUGCUUAUCAUUCAGUGCAGUGAAGCAGCGCUAGAAAGCUUGAUUUGCACGCCUGAAAAUGUUGGCAGACUCGCUGCGCAGAUCUUUGCGCACAGCUCCAAGGACGUUCGGAAGCUGCUGGAGGCAGAGAAAGAAAGCCCGAACCGCGUGAACGUGAAGGCGGAGGUUGGUGAGCAACUGUUCAAGAUCAGGGGAUAUCAAUGGUCAGUGGUCAACUGUGAUCCAUCAGAGCGCCCAAAGUUGGACACCACCUUCUGUCUUACGAGGUGCAAGCCAAUUUGGCUGCCAAUCAAGGCACACCGCUUUGCUGCAUACCGAGCGAAGGUCCUGCAGCUGCUUCCUCAACGGGUUCUGCAGCAGUACAUCGACUUCGAGAAGCAGGGCCAGUACUCUGCCUGCAUCAAGCUCUUGGAGUCUGCUACUCCAGGGAGCCUCAAUGUGUUGAGCCCGGCCAGUAUGGUCAGUGGGAAGCCCUUGCUGGUGGAGACGGUCCUUCAGCUCAUUGUGGGCUACAGUGGUUUGUGCUUAAAGAACCAGCAGGGCGCCAUUGCGGUGAAGCUCAUCACGCAGGUGUUGGACAACAUGUCGCUCUCAUUGCGCGACUUACACCCAGGACAUCGCACCGUUCUUGAGGACACAGCGCUGAGUGUUUGCUACUACAUGCCCAACGAUGUGACUCUCGCAGACCGAUCUCAGUCCUUUUUUCAGCAGGCCUCAGAGCGUUACUUGCGACUGGGGCACAUCAAUCGAUACUGCAAGUGUUGCUUACGAGCUGCUGCAGUCUUACAUCUGCAGGGUAGCAAAUCGGAAGCAGAGUACUACACGCAACAGGCUUUGAACAAGUUGAGCGAUGCGCCGGUCUCCUCUUUGCUGGCCAUUUGCUAUCACAACUUAGCAGUGAUUUGGCGGCAUGCACCUGGAAGAGCUGAUGAAAAGAUCAAUGGCUCGGCACCAAUUUGGACAUACCAAAGUGGAGUUUUCAGGUCCUUUUGGUGA